GAAAGGUUUUGAAGGACUUGCAUUCUAUUCUCUUAGGAAACCUUUGAGGAAUAGUUCGGUGUUUAGAAUUGAGUUUCUUGUAUUGGAGAGUAGUUGAUUGAUGUCUUUCUCAGCACGAGUUUUUGUCCGCACUUCAGCAUUAGGUGGGUUUUGAGUUUGCUCUGGUGUUUUGAAGCUCCAGCGACGAAUUCGGAACAGGUUGUGAGGAGUACCGACAAUGUCUGACACUCCAGUGGUUGUGAUUCCACGGAAAGGUUACGUCGAUGGUCAUCAUGGAUAUCACCAUUCCUACCACAGUGGCCUCAACCUUCUCCUUCGGUUGUUGCAAGCCUUUGCCACUGCUGCGGCGGUGAUAGUUAUGCUCUUGGCCACGCAGACCGAGUUCACUAGAUAUGGCGAAGUGAGGGGUCGGUGGAGGGAUUACCCAGCUUACAAAUGGUUCAUUAUCGCGAACGCUGUGGUGUUUGUGUACGCUUUGCUUGCAACUUUGGUGGCGUGCUGUGCAUUGAUUGCCAGGAGGGGUCCUCUAAGCUACUCUCCAAGCGCAUGGUUAACAUUCCUUUUGGACUUUGUAGCGGCGAGUGCUUUGAUGUCAGCAGCAUCAGCAGCUUUGGCUGUUGCCUUGAUCGCGAGAAACGGCCAAAACUUGCAAGGACAGCAUUACUGGCCCACAUUUUGCAACUACGUGACUAGAUUCUGCGACUAUGCACAAGGGGCCAUCAUCGCUAGCUUCUGUGGCUUCGGGCUCCUAGCGCUGUCCACACUCUUGGCCGCUUCAGCUCUUCACCAUCUGGCGUGGCAUAGACUUCACUGAAGUGAAUAUCUGUGAAUAAGCGGCGUGUUUCUCCAAUUUACACUAGACAAAAUAUGUGCGGAUUGUAUCUAUGUAAUAUAUGUCUAGAUCAAGUUCUGUGCGUAGCUGUAAUUAUGAAUACUUCCCAAAAGGAACAUGCUUCUUCCUCUGUCCACAUCCGUGUAAUUUCAUGAAGAAUUCAUAAUUGUUUGGUUACUAUUAGCCGUCGAAGCUUGACGACGGCUAAGUUUUCCUCCA